AUGUCGUCUUUAUUGUCAUCUUCUAUUGCAUCGCUUUCACUUGAAGCGAUCGAGAAUACUAUUGUACGUGCAUAUUCAGAUGUUUGUCGUCUUGUACUUGAUACGAAUAUGUAUCAACAAGAUCAAAUUUUACCAUUGGAAAAAAUGUCGAAAUUAUCUAGUCUUCAACUUAUGAAGUUACGAAUAGUCGAUUAUUUCUGUCCUGACAAAUAUGAUCCGAAUUUCGAUUCAGAUUCAGACGAUAACAGUUCCGACGAAGAUGAAGAAAUCACCGAAAAUGACGCAGAUGGCGAUGAUUCACCCGACGAUGAAGACGACGACAGUUUGUCUGAUCAUCUUGUCAGUGCCAGUACGGUUAUAUUUCAAGGAAUGCGCGUUUUCGACUCCAUUAAUCCGACUUUGGCUAAGUCGUACUUUAUUGUCAAUAUCAAUGAUACAAGAAAAUAUUUACAUAAACAGACAGCUGCUUGGCUUCUUUCAAAGGACAAGCCUACUUUGUCUUCUGAUCGUUUAAAGCGUGUUAUGACUAAUAAAUAA